GUGUCCUGAAGGCAGCAGCAGUUGUAUCCUAAUUGGACCCAGAUUAUGAGCGCGAGGAGGGGCCUCAACUUUUGCUUCCCGAGACAACGUAGACUUCUUCCUCCCAGAUGGACAAGUGGAUUGUAACUUCGCUGUAAACAACAGUGGGAACUGAUUUAGUAGUUUGGAAGAUUCUGUCUCGAUUUCACUAUUUUCUAAAGCUGAAGAGAUGUUUAUGGUUCAUUCAAGAACUUCACUCUGAGGCUCGUGUUAGGACUGCUGGGUUGUUGUCAUGUAUGGCGCCAUUUCUCUUCAACAUGCACAAGACAGGGAGCAUUUACUUCAUGUCCGUGAGAGGAUGGAAUCUUCCUGUCUGGACCUGGCUCUGGAAGGUGAGCGGCUCUGUAAGACAGGCGACUAUCGUGCAGGUGUGUCCUGCUUUGAGUCUGCCUUGCAGGUUGGAACAGAGGACCUCCAAAUCCUUAGUGCCAUCUACAGUCAGCUAGGAAAUGCCUACUUUCACCUUCAGGAGUAUAAAAAAGCUCUAGAGUACCAUCAGCAUGACCUCACACUUACCAGAACAAUUGGAGAUGAACUUGGGGAAGCUAAAGCCAGUGGUAACCUUGGGAACACGUUGAAGCUUUUAGGACGUUAUGACGAAGCAGUGGUUUGUUGCCAAAGACAUUUGGAUAUUACAAAAGCCAUAUAUGAUAAGGUUGGGCAGGCUCGAGCUCUGUAUAAUUUCGGAAACAUUUACCACGCCAAGGGUAAGAACAUCUGCUGGAGUGGAGCUGAGCCAGGAGAGUUUCCAGAGGAGGCAAAGAUUGCCCUGAGAAAAGCAGCAUAUUACUACGAAGCAAACCUGUCCGUGGCGAAGGAGUUAGGCGACCGUGCAGCCCAGGGCCGUACCUGUGGAAACCUUGGUAAUACUUAUUAUCUCUUGGGUGACUUUCAGUCUUCAGUAGCUGCUCAUGAAAAGCGGCUUCUAAUUGCUAAAGAGUUUGGUGAUAAGUCUGCUGAACGAAGGGCUCACUGCAACCUUGGCAAUGCACACAUAUUCCUCCGCCAGUUUGAAGUGGCUGCUGGUCACUACAAGAGGACUUUGCAGCUGGCCAGGCUUUUGAAGGACAGAGCAGUGGAGGCUCAGGCCUGUUACAGUCUGGGUAACACCUACACACUUCUGCAAGACUAUGAGAGAGCCAUUGAUUAUCACCUCAAACAUCUGGUCAUUGCUCAGGACCUCAAGGACCGAGUUGGUGAAGGGAGAGCCUACUGGAGUUUGGGAAAUGCUCACACUGCCCUGGGGAAUCAUGAGAAAGCCAUGUACUUUGCUGAGAAACAUCUGGAAAUUGCCAAAGAGACUGGUGAUAAAAGUGGCGAGGCGACAGCUAGGAUGAACUUGUCAGACCUACGACUUUUUGUAGGCCUCAAGUCGAACUCCAACAUGCAUCACGUCUUAAGCAACACCAAUACCAACAGCUCUGCAAUCACAGGAACCCACCAGGGUCAUGUCAACCUACCAGGGGUUAAGUCUUCAGUAAGGCAGAUAGGCAGGGCAGAAAACCUGGAAGUUGGUCCAAAGCCUGAUAAAAAUCAAAGUGGAGAUUCAUCUGCAUAUCCAGAGUUUGAGGAGGAUGUGUUUCCUGGGUCAUCAAAAAACAGCACAAUGAAGGCGUCGACUAAACUUUUCCUUUUCCACCGGCUUAAAAGUAAGAAGCAGAAGAACAACAAAUCAUCUUCCAAAGAUGAAGAAGAAAACCACACUGAGCACAAAGUUUCUGAGCAAGAUGAACCAGUGCCUUCUAAGUCGAUACCACAAGACACUGUUGGAGAGGACGGCUUUUUCGACCUCCUUUCUCGUUUCCAGGGCAACAGAAUGGAUGACCAAAGGUGUACACUGGAUAGCCAGAGCCACCUCCCUGCCCAUUCCUCUCCCUCCUCUACCUUACCUUUAGCUGAAGAGAAAUCUAUUUCAGAUCGCGAUCCUGGUCAUUUCCUGGAGCUGCUGGCCAGCUCCCAGGCCCGUCGCCUGAACGACCAACGUGUCAGCCUCAGCCAGUUUCCUGGCUUACGUCUCAGCACCUCCAACCCGCCUCAUAUACCCAACACCUCCAGAACAGACCAAGCCCUGUCACAAGUCCUAAUCUCCAGUGCAGACACACCCCACACACCCUCCGUAUACAGCCACCUCGAGGCCAGCACUGACCAGCCUGAGGGGGAUGAGGUCUUCUUUGACCUGCUAGUCAAGUGCCAGGGCUCCAGACUGAAUGACCAGAGGUGUGCUGCUCCAUCAUCUACAGCCAAGGGGCCUACUGUUCCAAACAAUGAUUUUUUCAGUCUCAUCUUGCGUUCCCAAAGCAACAGGAUGGAGGAACAGAGGGUUCCACCUCCCACUGGCAUCACUCAGUCCAAACCUGACUGACUUAAUGGAGAGAUUUCUUGUAUCCCAGGAUAUCAAAUGAAGUAGCUAAGCAUUUUUCCUUUCAUUUCUAAUUAGAUUUUGUUUUUAUAAGUUUGAGUCCUGCAAGUGGAAUACAUGGAAACCCUCUUUGAAUAAGAAUCUUAGAUGUUAAAAAUUAGACAUUGUGAUAAGAUAGAAGAAAGAAGAUUUUUUACUUUGUUUUUGAUAAAGGCCUUAUAUGUGCGACAUAUGCUUCCAUCAGAAACCUCUGUCGCAGUGACGUCUGGCUACCCUGGAGGCUUGCAUCAAGUCAGUAUGAACUGUGGUUCGUGGUGGUUCAUAUUGGACUCAGUUCUGUAUUCCUGUAUCAUAAGCAAAACAAGUAAAUUACUGCUUUUUAAUGAUGGAGAAGGGAUAUAAUUUGAGCCAAAGGUUCUGCAAUAAAGCAAACUGGAAUACUGCAAGCAAUAUAGUGUACAAUUACAUUUCCUUCAGUCUUAUGAAAACAUGGCAUUUUCAUUUGAACUGAUCACAGAUGUGUCCAGAAGUACCUUUCCAGAUGGUCUGAAAUGGAAAAUCUCUUCUGUGAAAAUAAAAGGCCAUAUCUAACGCUACUGAAUACUGGAGCCAUUAACAUUGACUGCUUCUGGAUAUUCUUUCUGAAGAUUUAAGGACUCAGUUUUACACUGUUAAACAUCGAAUGGCUUGUUUUAUUACUAUGAUUUUACAGAGGAUUAACUAGUAUGUGGGGGAAAAAAUACUUUUAUACUUAUGCCUUCUCCUGACAAUGGAGAAAUAAAAUCUCAGUUUACA